GUUGCAUUGCACGACAUUUACGAUCCAAGGAGGACUCCGCAAGCAGAGAGCAAGCAUGGCGAUUAUAAAGUAGUAUAGUACAUUUGUAAGCAUCUUUCUUCUAGCAACGUUCACUGGCUGUGCAUUUGUAACCCUCCGGACACGCACCAACCGCGCAAGCCUUCUACGCAUUUCUAGUCCACUUCUGUUUAUUACGGCUUACAAUUAUUAAGCAGUGAGAGUCCUUUAAAGCUAAUAUAACCCCUUGGCGUAAGGACUUCGCGCUGAGUUCUGGGAGAUCCGCGCCAUCUUCGGUUUGGAACUCUUUGGCGGGGAAGCCAUGGAGGCCGAGCUGCAGCAGCUCGCUGUAAUCUUUCAGCAAACACUUUCGCCUGACAAGGAUGCAAUUAAAGCCGCCGAACAGCAACUAAAGGCUGCAGCCCAGCAACCGGGGCAUUGCAUUAAGGUUCUGAAGCUCGCGGCCACUCCUGUCGAUGGCAGCAUUCGGCAAUCUGCAGCUGUGAACUUCAAAAAUACCGUCAAGUACCGUUGGGUGCCCAGCGAGGCGGACCUGUACGGAGGCGCCCAGCCGCUGCCGGACGCUGAGAAGGCCCAAAUCAAGCAGCUGCUGGUCGGCGUGACGCUCUCCUCCCCCCCGCUGGUGGCCGCACAGCUGAGCGAGGCGCUGUCCAUCAUCUGCGCCUACGACUUCCCCGCGCACUGGCCGCAGCUGCUGCCGGAGCUGGUGGCCAAGCUGGGCACGGAGGACCUGGGCGUGGUGCGGGGCGUGCUGCAGGUCGCCAACAACGUGUUCAAGCGCUUCCGCGGGCAGCCCUCCAGCAACAACGCGCUGGCGCAGGAGCUGGACAUGUGCCAGCAGGCCUUCCUGCGCCCGCUGCACGACACGCACGCGCGGCUGAGCGGCCUGUUCCCCGGGCUGUCCGCGGCGGGGCAGGGGGCGGGUGUGGAGCCGCUGCGGCAGCUGCUGGGCUGCAUGCGGCUGAGCUUCCGCAUCUUCUACUCGCUGUGCUCCAUGGGGCUGUCGGAUGCCACUGAGGGCGAGCUGGGUUUCUGGAUGGACGAGAUGCACUCGCUGCUGACGUACGAGAACCCCGCGCUGGAGGAGGCGGACGCGGAGAAGGAGGGCGUGCUGGACGGGGUGAAGACCGCGGUGUGUCAGACGGUUGACCUUCUUCUUGAGAUCGACGAGGACACCUUCAAGCCGCACCUGCAGCGCUUCGCCGCCUCCGUGUGGCAGGUGCUCAUGAAGGUCUCGCCCAAGCCGGGACAGGACAACCUGGCCAUGGCCGCCAUCAAGUUCCUCAACACCAUUGCCAAGGGCGUGUUCUCAGGCUUGUUUGCUGCGGACGGCGCGUUGCAGCAGAUCUGCGAGUCCGUCAUCGUGCCCAACCUGCGGGUGCGGCCGGAGGAUGAGGAGAUGUUUGAGAUGAACCCCACCGAGUACAUUCGCCGGGACGCGGAGGGGGGAGACAGCGACACACGGCGCCGCGCCGCUGCCGACCUGGUUCGCUCGCUGACGGAGCGCUUCCCGGCGGAGGUGUCGCGGCUGUUCACUGGAUACAUCACCGCCGCCCUGGCCGACUACGCCUCCAAUCCCGCCGCCAACUGGCGCUCCAAGGACUGCGCCAUCUACAUGGUCACCGCGCUGUCGGUAAAGGGUCGCACCGCCGCCCAGGGCGCCACCAGCACCACGCAGCUGGUCAACACGCUGGACUUCUACUCGGGGCAGGUGCUGCCGGAGCUGCAGAACCCCAAGCUGAACGACAACCCGCUGCUCAAGGCGGAUGCCAUCAAGUUCGUGACCACAUUCAGAUCCCUGCUCCCCAAGGAGGCCUGCCUGGCCGCCGUGCCCCCGCUGGUGGCGCUGCUGGGCUGCGAGUACUGCGUGGUGCACAGCUACGCGGCCAUCUGCCUGGAGCGGCUGCUGAGCCUGAAGGAGGCGGGGGCGGGCAGGGGGCUGCGGUUCAGCAGCCAGGACCUGGGGGCACACCUGCAGCCGCUGUUGGAGCGGUUGUUCGCGGGCUUCAAGCUGCCCGACAGCUCGGAGAACGAGUACCUCAUGAAGUGCAUCAUGAGGGUGAUCGGGUUCGUGGGACCCGCCAUUGCGCCCGUCUCGGCGGUGUGCCUGCAGCGCCUGGCCGCCAUGCUGGUGGAGGUGUGCCGCAACCCGCGCAACCCCUCCUUCAACCACUACCUCUUCGAGAGCGUGGCGGCGCUCAUUCGCCACGGCACUGCAGCCAACGCCGCCAGCAUCGCGGAGUACGAGGCCGCGCUGUUCCCCGCCUUUGAGAUGGUGCUGCAGCAGGACGUGCAGGAGUUCCACCCCUACGUGUUCCAGGUGUUCUCACAGCUCAUCGAGCUGAGGUCCGCGCCGCUGCCGCAGCUGUACCUUCAGAUCUUCCCGCCGCUGCUGUCGCCCGUGUUUUGGGAGCGGUCGGGCAAUGUGCCGGCGCUGGUGCGGCUGCUGCAGGCCUACCUGACCAAGGCGGGUGCCGAGGUGGUGUCGGGCGGACACCUGGUGGCGGUGCUGGGGGUGUUCCAGAAGCUGCUGUCCUCGCGCGCACACGACCAUGAGGGCUUCUACAUCGUCAACGCCAUCGUGGAGUCGCUGCCGCUGCCCGCGUACGAGCAGUACCUGCCUUCCGUGUGGACGCUCAUGUUCCAGCGACUCAGCGGCACCAAGACACCCAAGUUCUGCCGCUUCUUCUCCGUCUUCCUGGCGCUCUUCAUCUGCAAGCACGGCCCCGCAGCCGCCUGCCAGCAACUGGACAAGGUGCAGCCGGGCAUCAUGUACAUGCUGCUGCAGCAGGUGUGGCUGCCCACGCUAGCGUCCAUUGAGGGUCCCGAGGAGGAGAAGCUGGUGGCGGUGGCAGGCGCCAAGCUGCUCACGGAGCUGCCGGGGUUCAGCGCCGCGGGGCCGCAGGCGGCUCUGUGGGCGGGACUACGCAAGGGUCUGGUAGACAAGAUGGCGAGCGGCGGCGGGGGCGGCGCGGGGCAGGAGGAGGAGGAGCCGGAUUUCGAGGAGGCGCAGGGCUACUCCGCCGCCUACGCUCGUCUGGCCAACGCCAGCAAGGUGGAGCGGCCGGUGCUUGCGGAGAUCCCUGACCCCAAGCAGUACGUGCAGGAGGCGCUUGCACGGGUGGGGGCGUAGCUGUGCGGGUGGGGGCGGACAGAAAACAGGCGCCGCGGACGGGUAGGGGGGAAAGACGAACUGACGGAGGGUGGGAACUUGGGAGCAUGGAGUUCCGGUAUAGCAGGUGGGAGAGGGGUAUCGAAGUGUGGUACACUUGAGCGCUUGUGGGGAGUAGGGAUCGUUGAAGUGGAAGGCGGUUGAGAUGGGGCCAGGAAACAAGGAUAGUGGAGGUCAGGGCGGGUAGGAUGGAGCCAUGGGAGAGGAGGUAAUUGUCAUGCAGGUUUAGUUUUGCAGCGGGACAGGGUGAAGGACUUGGCUGCAUGCGAAUGCGCCCGCUGGGUGUGGCUCGUUGGUAGCAGGCAGAUGCACAUCGCCGCAGGGACAUAGGCUGCAUGCUGCGUCCUGGAGUAUGACGUGGCUGAAGAGGAUUAGGAUUAGGACGACUGCAACGCAGGAUUGCCGGAUGCAAGGAUGGGGUGGGGGUUGCGGCCAGUUGCAACAUGCGCCCCGGCGGAAAGCGAUUGGUAAAGGGCGGGAACUGUUAAAUUGUCGCCCGAAGGAUUAGGAUGGAAAGCGGGAUGCAAAGCGGCUCAUUGCACAAUGAGCAUGGCAGAGACAGUGCUUUCACUGUUGCUUGUGACUCCUUCUGGUCAAAGGGGAUCCAAGGGCCAAGCGUGUAAGGGUCGACGAC